AUCUUCGGCGGGCAACAUUGCAACUGAUGGUCUCCAGCGGCAUUGUUAAAUGUAAAUGAGAGACACUUCUAAAAGAGGUCUUUUACCGCAUGUGACACAGGUGUGAGUCGCUCACUUAUUCUUUCUGAAACAAGAUGUUUGGCUUCCACAAGCCAAAGAUGUACCGGAGCUUAGACGGCUGCUGCAUCUGCAGAGCCAAGUCUUCCAGCUCUCGCUUCACUGACAGCAAACGCUACGAGACUGACUUCAAGAGCUGCUUCGGGUUGGGUGAGGUGCGUUGCGGGGACAUCUGUAACGCCUGUGUCCUCCUGGUCAAGAGAUGGAAAAAACUUCCAGCUGGAUCGAAGAAGAACUGGAAUCAUGUAGUUGAUGCAAAAGCCGGGUCGAGCAUGAAGGCCACGCUGAGGACGAAGAAGAUGAAGAAGAAGCUGAGGCCGAGCCAAAUUAUUCGGGUGCAGAGUGAGCUGAAGAGAAACAACUCCGACGCCCACAGCACCACCUCCAGUACAUCGCCUGCUCAAUCACCCAGCUACAGCAACCAGUCAGAUGAGGGUUCAGACACGGAGCUUUCACCUGGCCCUGCCCCCUCCCAGGCCUUCUCCUUUCUGGACCUCACCUACUGGAAAAGACAGAAAGUGUGCUGUGGGAUCGUGUACAAGGGACGCUACGGGGAAGUGAUCAUCGAUCCCCACCUGUACAAGCCCUGCUGUCAGAGGAAGCCAAAGCUGCUCCAGCAAGAGGGAGAGGGUGGACCGAUGGACGAGGAAGAGGAAGAACAGGCAACAGGAAAAAACACAGUGAGCAUACCUAAACAAGAAGAGGAGGUGGAGGAGAAAGAGCAGCUGGUGAAGGAGCACGAUGAUGGCAGCUCACGGUUAGUAUCGUCUUCCUCAAUGGACAGACUAACAGACGCUGACAUGUGACACUCAUCCAAACAUACAGGAACACAAAUGGUCCAAACAAAGCCUCCCUGUAGUUUCUCCAUCUGUUACAAGCUGCUGCAGCCCUGCCAGACUUAUCUCUGGUACCACCUGGACUGGAUCCUCGGACUGGUUUUGUUUUCAGUGUCUUGGCUUGCUAUGAGAUUCUGUCUUUUUGUAAAUACUUUAUUUUGCUCUGUGUCUGAAAUGCUGGAUCAGUGAAUGCUGCAUGGAAACCUUAAGACCUCCGGGGUUCACCCUUUACUCUUAGGAUAGAGCCAUACACCUCAAAGCAGCCUCCCAUGCUUUGCCUUUCCUUUUCUUAACUCAACAGGUUGGUUUUCAAGUGUUGCUCUAUUUAAUCUUUCUACUUCAUUCUCUCAAAUACUUGUCUGUUCACAAACCAUGGAUUUCUGUGUUAUUGAGUGUAUACAUUUCUCACAUGUGACAGCCUCUCAUAUACUGUUAUUAUCCAGUGGCAAAGACAAGUAAAGACACAUUGCCACACACUUGUUUCCACCUCUACUUCUACUGUGGCUAAAGCCUGGUAACAUGCUAGCACUAGUCGGUGGCUAACCAGGCAACAGGGCUGUCACUUUUUCAUAAAUGAAGUUUGAACAAUUGAAGACUAAUAUUGAUUCAAAAAUAAAUGAGGCAUAUCAUACGCAGUCUCACACUAAACUAAUGUAUAGAAUGAAUGUUGUUACAUUGAUUUGUGAUUUGUGGUCCCAACAAACUGGAAGAUUGCAUUUUAGUCAGCAAAUAGCCUUAACCUUUUUUCAUGACUUUCUACUAAUGGAGUUGAGUCCAAAGUUCUUCACCUUUCUCAGAUGUUUUGGUGGCAUGAUUAUGUGGUCACAUGGAUCACUAGUUUUCUCACACAAACCACAGACAACCGCAGGAAUUCUAGCAUUUGAAUAUGACAUUUUUUCCAUCUUUAAAACAGUACUUCAAAUUUCACACAAAAACUUAAAUACUAGAUAAUACAGUUUAUUCAAGUUCUGUGUUCAUACCAUUGACUCUCUCUUGUCUCACUAUUGCAAAUGGUACAACAACUCUUAUAUGGAUCAGUUCAGACUCUGGAAGAAGACGGUUAUAUAAAAUUGGAUGGUGGUUUCAGUGUAAAAUGUUGCCAUUAUUAAUACUGUUGAGGCUAGGCCUCAGGUGUGUCUUGGGUUAAUGUUUCAAGACAGACAACUCAUCCUGUUGCUAAUUUGACAGUUAUCAUAUGACACACUCCUCAAAAAGAACACAUAAAUUCCAGUUUCACAGCUGGUUAAAUAUCAGCAGGAGAAAUAUGAAACUAAUAGAUACAUUUUUAAAGCUGGUACUAGCCAAUAGAAUUAGAGUGAUAGUUUGGUGUAUCUUUACACCAAACUAUGACUACCAAAAAGUCAUGCAGUGUCCCUGUUGUCCAUAGUGCUCCCACUCUUUUUUAGUCUGUAAAUAAAGGUGAUUAAAAAUCCUGUGGAAUCACAGAUUCUUGGUGCACAUACAUAAAAAGCACAAACAGGCAUUCAGGGAGGCGUCCAGGUCUCAGCACCAGUCCACAUGCAGCCGUUAUUUGAAACUGUCAAGUGAACCAUUAUAAGCUAAAUAAAGCCUCAGGAAGACUGUGGCAACAUGAAACCUGGUGGAGGCGCUGUUUCCGCCUUUCAACAGCUUUUCUUCUCAUGUUGGAAUCGGCUUGGGAUCUAUUUAUAUUCUAAUGAUAUGAAAUAAGCCCACAGACCAGAGAAGCUGUGAGGAUUUGCCCUUUCAUUAUCAAUAGUUUCUGUUUGUUUGUUUGAGUUUGAGGCCUUCAGAGGAAUGUUUCUCGUUCUGUGGCUGUUUGUGGAGCUCACUUUACUCAAAGCUACGAGUGUUUUGCAUGAGUUUUCCACACCUUAUUUUUUAGGGCUACGUUCGCCUCGUUGAUGUGAUGUUGUACAGCUUGAAUAUGUAUUUUUGUACAGAAAUGAAUAAAUGGAAAUGAGCAUGAUUUGUUAUAUUUGUUAUCCUCCAUUUGAACCAUGUCGCGUAACUUUCAAGAGUGAUUACAAAAUGGAAAUCUCAGGUGGAUCUGUAUCUUCCUGGUUUGUCCAAUCAGAUUUCAGGGAAAGCGGACACACCUUGCGCAUUUCAUUGGAUUCGUGAGUGUUUGUAUUUGUUUCAAAAUAAUUUGUCUCCGUUGUUCAUUUUUAAAGGUGCCAAGGCAGUGCUUACAGGUGUGUACAGGUUCCUGAAACCUGGAGCAAACAUGUACUCACUGUGAGUGUCAACGCCACUCCUCAGUUCAGUUUUUGAGGAGCAGUACAGAUGCUGAACAAUGUUCUUCAUUCAGCUUCGUGACUGUACCAGAGCUUUACUCUCAGUACUGAACCUUACUGGGUUUUUUUCGUUUGUUUGUAAAAUUAAAAGGAAGAAAGCACCUGUCACGGCUUACAGUUAUUCUUUUUAAUUUAACUGUUGCUACAUAUGUCUGAAAAUGUCUGUUAACUUAUCCUUGAACUAUUUAAUUCUCACUACACUGAAAUAAUUGAUCUUUGUGGACAUGGAUACAUUUCAGGAUGUCUGUACAAUGCUGCCAUAUAGACUGAAAACAGUGGAUAUGAUUGUAUUAAAGCUCUAUUUUUGUUCUUUAAACCUUGUUUUAACAGUUCUAGCUCACAGAGAUUCUUUUGCUCCUGAUAUUUUGGGUAGAGAUUCAACAUGGAUGUAGAUGUAGAUUUUUUUUUUUUUUUAGUUACGUGAACGUGAUGUAGAUCUGCAAUUAGUGUAGAGAAGACAUUUCAGUCGUCUGUCUCUGUCUAUA